UUUUGUUUUAGACAUUGACCGGCAUAUGACUCCAUAGCUGAUACAGCUGUAUGCGAAUUGCAUGCAGACGAACACUUUUGUUGUCUGCAGGAAUACGUUGCCCUCAUUUAAAAUGGCCGCGCCUGUAGAAUGACUGCAAGUGACGUAGAGGGAAGCGAUCGGGAGUAAAAACACUGGGUAUAGAAUUGCUGGCAGAGGGUUGUGAUGGCGACCCAGUUAGGUAAAAGGAAAUCGGAUGGCACGAGACCGGGGACAGGGCGGCCGGAUGAGGGCACUCAUGUGGAGGGAGCUAUCGUCCGGAUCAAGAUGGAGAACUUUCUCACAUAUGACUUGUGUGAGGUGUUUCCUGGCCCUCACUUAAAUAUGAUUGUUGGUGCAAAUGGAACAGGAAAGUCUAGCAUCGUUUGUGCCAUUUGUCUGGGAUUGGCUGGAAAGACCUCCUUUAUUGGCAGAGCUGAUAAGGUUGGUUUUUACGUGAAGCGUGGAUGUCAAAAAGGCGUGGUGGAGCUUGAAUUGUUCAAACCAUCUGGGAAUCUGAUCAUAACACGUGAAAUUCAAGUAUCGAAUAACCAGUCAACAUGGUACAUUAAUGGAAGGAGUGCCACCCUAAAAUCGGUCGAAGAACAGGUGGCUGCAAUGAACAUCCAAGUAGGAAAUCUUUGUCAGUUUCUGCCACAGGAUAAAGUUGGAGAAUUUGCCAAACUAUCUAAAACUGAGCUCUUGGAAGCAACAGAGAAGUCCAUUGGUCCUCCAGAAAUGCACCGAUUUCAUUGUGAACUAAAAAACUGCAGAGAAAAGGAAAAAGAAAUUGAGAAUAAAUGUAAAGGUCAUGAAGAGGUUUUAGAAAAACUGAAGCAGGGGAAUGAACGCUACAAGCAGGAUGUUGAGAGAUAUUAUGAAAGGAAGCGUCACCUUGAUAAAAUCAAGAUGCUGGAGAGGAAACGACCUUGGGUGGAAUAUGAAAAUUGUCGUCAACAAUAUGAAGAGGUGAAACAAAAACGUGAUAAGUUAAAAGAAGAUCUUAAGGGAAAACAAGAAUCUCAAGCUCCUCUUAAUCAACAAAUCCAGCAAUAUGAUAAGCAGCAAAAGCAAAUAGAUGUGAGAAUUAAAGAAAAAGCAAUUGAAAUUCGUGAUGGUUCACAGAAGUGCAAAAUGACACAAGACUAUUUGGAAAAGAAAGAAAAGCAGAUAGAAGAUGUUCAACAAAAGUUGAGAAUGAGAAAGGAUGAAGAACAGGACCGACAGAAAAAAAUUGUUAACAUUCGGAAGAUGAUUGAAGAUUGGCAAAAUGAGUUAAGCUCAGUGGGUAAUCUAGAGGCAUUUCAGCAGGAAAUGGAUGCGAAUAGUCGUGAACUGGCUCAUAUUCAGGAAGAAAAAGCAAAUGCAGAUAAUGAAAUGAGUGACUUGCGUAUGGAGAGGCAAAACAGGGAGAGAGAAAAGAGAGACCGAGCUAAUCUUCUUAAGCAGCAUGAUAAUUUGCUCAAUCUAAAAGAACAAAACUUGCAAAAGAAAUUUUCAGACACCUACAAUGCAGUUGUUUGGCUUAAAGAGAAUAAAGAUCGGUUCAAGAAACGCGUCUGUCUGCCCAUUAUGUUAGAGAUUAAUGUGAAAAAUAAUAAAUUUGCAAAAUAUGUGGAAAAUCACAUUUCAGUAAAUGACAUGAAAGCCUUUGUGUUUGAAAGCCAAGAUGAUAUGGAGGCUUUUUUGAAAGAGGUCCGUGACAAUAAGAGAUUAAGGGUAAACGCUGUAUGUUCGCCUCCAGAGCAAUCUGCAGAUCGACAGCCAAUGAAACCAAUCGCGGAGUUAGAACAAUAUGGCUUUUUCUCUUACUUGAGAGAACUGUUUGAUGCUCCUCCGCCAGUGAUGAGUUACUUGGUCUCCCAGUAUCAUGUGCAUGAAGUUCCUGUGGGAACAGAAAAGACUCGACAUUUGAUAGAAAAAGUAAUAAAAGAGACCAAACUCCGGCAGUUGUACACCGCAGAAGAAAGGUAUUUCACAAAGGUAUCUGCAUAUAGUAACAAAGUGAUCUCAAGUAACAAUCCUUUGAAGGAAGCCAGAUUUCUCACAGUCACGGUGGAUCCGGAGGAGAGGAGACAGGUUCUUGAACAAUAUAAGGAGAUUGAGGAAAGAUGCUCAGUGUUAGACAACCAGAUGCGUGAAUUAACUGAGAGCCAGAAGUUGCUAGAGAAACGAGAUAAUCAACUAAGGUCACGGAAAAAAGAAAUACUGGAUAUGAAAACCAAAAAGCGACAGCUAGAACAGAGAAUUAGUACCAAAUAUGAUAGCUUGAAACAGUUGGAGCAAGAAAAUAAUAAUUUGGAAGACAUUGAAGAACAAGCAAAUGCCAAAAUGAGAGAAGUUAACCUCCAGAAAGCAAAACUUGUUACUGAAUUCACCAGAUUAGUUAUGAAAUGUGUACAGCUAAGUAAAGAAAAAUUUGACCUAUCCCUGCAAAGCAUGACCAUCUUGUGGAAGAAACAAGGGCUUGAAAUUGUAUACAAAGAUGCCAUUUCCAGGAUGAAGGAGCUUGAGAGUGAAUUUAAGACUGUAGAUGAUUGCAAGAGCGCUCUUUUGGAAAAUUGCAAGGACCUCUUAAGGAAGGCAAGACAAGCCUGCCAGCUUGGACCCAAAGAUGAAGUUCCACAAGAAUUUCAAACUGCCUUCCAGUCUCUUCCGAAUACUCUGGUGGAAAUAGAUGCUGCACUAAACGAAGAGCGGUCCAGAGCCUCUUGCUUCAUGGGUUUAAAUGCUUCUGUUGUGGAAGACUACACAAGACGAACUCGAGAAAUAGAAGUCAAGACUGAGGAGCUCAUCCAAAAGAAAAAAGAGCUGGAAGACUACAAGCAAAACAUUUCAAAGAUAAAACAAGACUGGCUCACACCUUUAAAGCACUUGGUGGAGAAAAUCAAUGAACAGUUCAGCAGCUUCUUCAGUUCCAUGCAGUGCGUAGGUGAAGUCGAUCUUCACACUGAAAAUGAGGAGGAUUAUGAUAAGUAUGGCAUAAGAAUCCGUGUAAAGUUUAGAAGCAGCACACAACUUCAUGAGCUGAACCCCCAUCACCAGAGUGGAGGAGAGAGAAGUGUAUCCACAAUGCUUUACCUCAUGGCUCUUCAGGAACUCAACAGGUGCCCCUUCCGAGUGGUGGAUGAAAUAAACCAGGGCAUGGAUCCAGUGAAUGAAAGAAGAGUGUUUGAAAUGGUGGUGAGGACUGCCUGCACAAACGAUACGUCUCAAUAUUUCUUUAUCACACCAAAGCUUCUCCAGAAUCUUACUUAUGCUGACAAGAUGACUGUAUUAUUUGUCUACAAUGGUCCAUGCAUGCUGGAACCCACAAAAUGGAACUUAAAAGCUUUCCACCGAAGACGCCGAAGAGUAGCUAUAGCGACUGAGUGACCUAGGAUUUCCAUCUUUAUAGUUGAUGUCAUCAGAUGGAAAAACUGUCAACUUUAUUUUUUGUAUUUCAGGGCAGAAGAAUGUAUUUAUGCAAUUUUUUGAAGAUUUAUAAAAACACACCCUUUAAACCUGAUAAUUGAGUUUUAGGUAAAAAGGUCACCUAAAUAAUAUAAUAUACUUGCAUCUUGGAUUUCUUGGCUCUCCAGCCUAAAAUUUUUAAUUCUACAACCAAUAUGUUUAAUGUGUUCAGUGGCUUAAAUGUCUUGCAACACACGGGCAGAGAUAAUUAUAAGAGGAACUAUAAUUUUGUAGCUUAGCAUAAGAGCUCCAGCCAAAGCUUUUUUUUUAUAUUUUUAUUUAAUUUGGAAGAGAGUGUGGAAGGAUUAUAACAUCUUCAGGGUUUUUUUUUAUAUAUUUUUGUUCCUUUCUGGCUGUUUUUCCUGCACUUCUAUCCCUGAGAGGUACCAGGAAAUGUGUAGAAAUUCUCUCAAAGUAGGAGGAAAUCGAAUUCCUUGUCUACCAUUAAAGAAUCUCCUCCAUUUCUCUACUUGGGUUUGGUCUUUGUGACAUUGAUCCCCAUGAUAGUGAGGAUUGAUCUUCUCCGAGACACAGAUGGCAAAAAUAAAUAACUAAAACAUGUUAAAACCUGUUCUCAUUUCAAAACUAAAAAUACAUUUUUGGCUGGAGUUCUGCUUUUAAGGUUUAGGUAUAAUUAUACUUUUUCUUAUCUGGAUUUAUUACCAAGAUUAGUUAUUGGAUGAAUAGCUACUUUAUUAGGUUUAUGAAAAAUGUACAUAUUGGUUACAAAAUAAUUUAGCAUUUCACAAAAUAUGGCCACAUUAAGUACAUUUUUUUUUUUAGAGGUCUGUCAGUAAACAGAAUUCAAUACAUGCAAAUAUCACUUUAUUGCCAUUAUUAUUGCACUUUGUUGUUUUACAUGUGUCUUUAUUCUGAAAAAAAGUAUUUCCAAAUGUUCUUUAACUUUGUGAAUAAAAAAAAGUUUUGUUACAUA